AUGAUUCCAAGCACCAUAGCCGCCCAUGCGAUGGUCGCCAUUGUCGGAUUGAUCUCGCAACUCUUCUUCGCGUGGAGAAUCUUCCAGCUAUGUCGGAAGCGCUGGCUCCUCGUCCUCACCUGCGUCGUGCGUGAAUCCGCUAUCAUCCAAUAUCAAUAUCUUCAACUGAACAGCGAAUAUGAAUACGACAACUGUGCAUCAUCGAUCCCCAAUGUAGCCGAUACCGCUAAACGUUCUCUUGGAACUGUAGCGACCCCCUUAUGGAUGGGGUUCAGUGUUUCCUGCGACCUGUCCAUCACUCUGUCCAUGGUUAUCCUUAUGUUCAAGGCGCUGAAGGAGGCCAUCUUCCGGAAGACGCGGCAGACUCUUUCGAAUAUCCUGAGAUUCACGCUCGAGACGGGUCUCCUUACGACAGCCGUGAUCGCAGUGCAGAUCGUGUUCAUGCUACGAGUGGUAAAUCCGACAGGGGACGAACCAACGGGCCUCAGGUGGCGAUAUAUCUUCUUUUAUCCAACCGGCGUAGUGUACUCGUCUUGGCUGCUCGCGUCGCUCAAUGCGCGGGCUACGAUCGCAGACGACGGCUCCCUUGUUCUCAGUACGAUAUCAGCACUUCGAUCUACCCAACCAACCCCAGGCACCGCACGCCCUGGAAAUGGUAUGUUCGGACAUGUCGAGCCCGUCGUUGGUAGCCAGUGA